AUGACAUCCCCUCACAAUGCGGAGAGUGGGAUCGAUAACAAGAUUGGCCAAUCUCUAGACCGUGAUGCGCCAGACCCCGCCCGCGGUCUCGUCUCAAAACCAUCCAUCGAUGUAGUAGCUGCAACCGCACCACAUGAGAGGAACGAGAGUCAAGAGCAACUUUCAUUCUAUCGUGGGGCUCAAUGGACGGCAGAUGGUACCACCAUAGUUGCCUCCACCUCCGACAACCGCGUGUCGGCUUUUGUACUUCCAGAAAACUUGCUUGAGCCCAACGACGACGCUCACCAACUUGGGUCCCGGAGCACACUUCACCUAUCUGAACCAUCUUAUGCCGUAGCUCCAGCACCCUUCUUCUCACUGUCUGAGUCGGCGUCCCAGACGGUGCUCACCUCAUGCAAGGACCAUCCCAUUCAACUCCACCACUUGUUUCCCGACGAAGGGACACAGUCGCGACUAGCCAGUUACAAGCUCAUUCGCCGUGAGACGGAAGAGUACAUUUCCGCUGAAACCUUGCUUUGGUCUUGGCCAGGAACGCAUUUCCUCGUUGGGUCUACAAAUCGACUCGACUACUUUGAUAUUUCGCGUCCUGGUUCUGAUGGACCUAUUCUCACGAUUCCGACUAUUCCGUCAAAACGGCACAUCUCAAAGGGAGGGGGCGUUGGUAUGAAGGGCAUGAUAUCGGCGCUUUCCAGCCAAAGCACUGCUAUCUCAGAGGCACCGAUCAUAGCUGCGGGCACGUGGACGCGGUGGUUGGGCCUCUACGACGUAUCCCGAUCGAACAAGGCCAUUGCCAACUGGAGCGUUCGAGGCGUCGUGAAUGGUGAGUUCGGCUGCAAAGACGAUGGCCAUGGCAUCGUCCAGACAAUCUGGAGCCCCUGUGGACGAUACUUGACCAUCAAUGAGCGACAGGCGAGUAGCAUCCUAGUUUACGAUGUGCGUGGAUCUCGCCAGCCUGUCAGUGUCCUCAUUGGCCGUGAUGGGGCCACACAACAGCGCCUGAGCUGCGACGUUUUUGCAGCUUCGACCUCCAAUGGGGGUUUUGAGGUGUGGGCAGGCUCGAAGGACGGCCAUGUGUACGUGUGGGAAGACGUUGGCAGCCAGCAAGGUGUGCUUGACACGUCGUGGCGCUUCCUGGCUCACAACUCACCGAUCGGGAGCACAAUACUCCAUCCCAGCGGCUCCGUGGUGGCCACAUGUUCUGGAGCUUGGACCCCAGUAUCGGAUGAAGAGCUCGACGAAGGGCUUGGCUCUCGGGAUGAACGACAGCUGCCCACCAUAUCGUCAACCCGCAUCACAUCCGACUGCAGCAUCAAGAUCUGGGCCAUUGGCAUGAAGACAACAGGCGGCGGAGAUGAUGGAUGCCAGCAAGCUGAUACACCACGUCAGAAUCAGCAGCAGCAUCAUGUAGAGGAACAUGAGCAAGUUUAA